GAGAUUUUUAAAAGAUUAAGCUGAAACCUGAAAGUAAGGGAGAAGAAGUGGAGUGCGUAAGCCAAAGACAAGACCAAUUAGAGACGAUGGAAUUUGCAUGCUUUGAUAUCGGUGUAUGGCGAGAAACACUGUCAUCUUACAAAAUUCACUUAGAAUCGCUGAACAAACCCCAACUUCCUGAGCUCGACGACUUUUAUCGGAACCAACUCCCGCUUCUACUUCACCAAAGAAACCCUAAUCCUUACAUCACCAAACCCGAACUCUCCAGGCUCAUGCAAUGGAAACUCACAAGGGGAAAAUGGAGGCCACGUCUGUUGGAUUUCAUCUCGUCUCUGGACGAGACUUUAGUGGAAUCUGCAUCUCAGAUGGCUUUUCAAUCUCUUCCCGAUGUUCCUAAAGCCGUUUCCGAGCUCACGGUGUUGAAAGGGGUCGGCCCCGCCACCGCGUCUGCCGUUCUGGCUGCCUACGCUCCCGAUAUCGCGCCGUUCAUGUCCGAUGAGGCUAUGGUGGCGGCUCUCGGUAGCUCAAAGGAUUAUUCUUUGAAACAGUAUAUCCUAUUCACCGAGAAAUUACAAAUCAAAGCAAAGGAACUAAGCAGAGAUGGGGACUCAUUUACACCAUCUGAUGUUGAAAGAGCUCUAUGGAGCUCCUCUGUAAGUAACAAAUUGCUUACUUCAUCGUUGCAGUCAGAUAUUAAGGCUAAUCCAAAGAGAAAUUCUAAGAGAAGGAGAAAAGAAUGAAGAUAUCACUUGGCAAAUGCUGCAACUCUUUGUAAUUGAGUAAGUUAACGAUUUUGGUCAUGCAUACUUAGCUCUAUGGCUACAUUUUAUGUCACAAAAUUGGUACAACUCAUGGAAGCAAGCAAUUUUAAAUCUAGAAUAAAUACUUGUGUACAUAUUCAGUUAUAUCUUUGUAUUCUCGAGGGUCAUCCCCCCUCAUUUUUGUGCAAGCUAUCAACUACAAAUUCUAUA